CUGCCGGAGAGUGACGUGUUGCGCCGCGCUUAAUGCCGUCACGUUGGACUUGGUGUAACCCAAACCCUGGUGGGUUUUUUUUCCUCUUUCGUUUUAGCUCCUCUGCGUGCUGAAAAAAUUCACCUUUCUGACAGAAUGGUGGUUUAUGAAGAUAAUUGCCACCUUAUGUGAUUUGUGGGGGUGAUUACCAAAGGCGAGGCUGUCAUUCACAUUUCAGCGAACUAGGUAAGCGCAGAUGUACUGGAUUGCAUCAGAGCAGGACCUCCCACUUAGGGCAGGAUUUGUCUCCCAUCACUGCGUGGUGAAAGCUUGGGCAUCGUACAGCCGAUCGACAAAUGCAGCCUGAAUAUACAUACCUUCAGCCCACUGUCCUGCUGUCAGCCUUCACGCAACGGCUCUCUGAAGCUGAGGGCUAGUUUCAGCUUCAUCAUCGACUUUUCAGGGCAAAUGAAGAGAAAAUGGGAAGAAAGACUGAAGAAAGUGGAAGAACUAGCGUCUCACUAUGAGAGAAACCCUCUUCCUCCAGUUUAUAGACCAAAACUGUCCAAACCCUUUCUGCCAUCCUCUGUUUGGAAAAUAUUUUGUCGGCAAGCUGAAGCUUUCAAUUACGUAAAGACUUGCAAAGAGGAUGUUCAUGUAUUUGCCUUGGAAAAGAACACACACAGUGGACAGAGAUUUUACCUCGUGACCACAUAUAAAGAGCUUUGGUUUUAUUACACGAAAGGUUAUAAAACAAGUCUUAUGCAUUGCUAUGAAGUAAUUCCUGAAAAAGAUGCUUGCAAACUUUAUUUUGAUUUGGAGUUCUACAAACCAGCAAAUCCUGAUGCAGAUGGCAAGAGUAUGGUUGCGAAGUUAAUUGAGCUUGUCAGCCAAAAAUUAAAAGAACUUUAUGAUGUAAAUUGUUCAGCCAAAGAUGUCUUGAAUUUAGAUUCCAGUACUGAUGAAAAAUUUAGUCGACACUUAAUAUUUCUACCCCAGAAGGCUGUAUUCAAGGAUAAUAGUCAUGUUGGUCACUUUGUGAGAACCAUUUUGCAGCCUGCCAUAAGGUUAGUGGAGCGUAAAGCUGCUGUUGUGAUUCCAGAAGAAGGAGCAGGACAUGUUUUCCAGUGUUCUGCAGAAGCAGUUGGAUUAGAUUGUUCUCUUUCAAACCUCGCAGCCAUCGAAGACUCUUCCAAAGGCUGGCCAGCCAUUGCUUGCAAAACAAAGGAUAUGGAAACAUCACACCAGGGAGAAAAUUCAGAAUUUUCCUUUCUAAUAGUAAAUGAUAAAGAAGGAGACAAGCAACUUUUUGUGGAUCUAGGAGUUUAUACAAGGAAUAGAAAUUUCCGGAUGUAUAAAUCAUCAAAAGCAGGAAAAAACGUGAUUCUGAAGAUAGCAGAGGAUAAUAAGUUUGUCCCUAACUGUGAAGAGAAUGUUUCCUUGGAAGAAGCAUAUUUUCUUUCCUCUUUAAUCUGCAACAUCAGAGCGAAGGAUGACCCAACAGUUCUGUCAUCUGGCUUUUCAGAGGAGGAGAGAAAAACGUCUGCUUCUUUAAACAGUAAAACGACCAGAAGCAGUAGAGAUUCCAUGGAAGGCUAUCAGGAUUCACCAUAUCCUGAAAUUGAUUAUUUUGUUCGCUCUUUGGUUAAUAAGGAUGGAGUACAAGGAGGGAUACGACAAUGGAAUUAUUUCUCUCUGGAAGAAAUACUUGUAUAUGAUAUUUCUGGUUACCGCUGGUGUGAAAAUAUUGGAAGACCUCACAAAAGCAACAACAUAAUGAUUCUGGUAGAUCUAAAGAAGGAAGUCUGGUAUCAAAAGUGUCAUGAUCCAGUCUGCAGAGAAAAAAACUUCAAAUCACAAAGUUUUCCAUUACCACCUCGGAUAUGUCUCCCUUUUCUUUUCAGAGAGGAAGAAGAGCAUACACUAAUGGAUGAAAGGGGGAACGCAGAAGAAAAAGUAAAACCACAGUCGAAUGCGUCAGACAUGUCAAAAAGCUCAGUGUCUCUAGAAGAAAGCUUGCCUCAAGACUUCCUGUUGUCAGAGAGUGAGUGGGACAACGCAGGCGAUGAUGCCUGUUUCCUAGCAGCUGCUGAAGCUGUGGAACUAGCUGAAGCUGCAAACGAUGGUCUGAAUUAUGCCAUGGAAGAAAUUCCUGAUGAAGUUCUUUUGGAAGCUUUAAGGAAACAGGACACUUGCAAUAAAGGCAGCAGCUAACCGCAGACUUGGCUAG